AUGGCCAAAUGGAAGCCGACAGUACAACAGUUGGAGAGUGCUCUGGGAUACGGAGUUGAACCAGCUGCCAGCUCCGGGCAUCGUGUCUACUCUGAUCUCACCCCAGUUCCUGAUGGCGUGUACGAGCGAACUGAGAGGGAAUAUCGCGAAAUGCGAAGAUUGCAGAAGACACGAUAUCGCGAAAACCCAUCCGCAAAGCCGCCCAUGGAGGAUGGGGAGUCACAGGCAAUUUCAGACGCAGACAACACAGUUACAGUCACUCGAUCAAGCCUCGCCGGGUUUUACAAGUUCUUCGUUGAUAUCCAGUAUGGUUUUGGUCUUCAUAUACCAUUCCUACUUACGGAAGCGGAAGCAAACAGCAUUCUUCAUACUGCGAAGCUAUGCCAGACCUUAAAUUUUCGCGAAGACCAGGCCAAAUGCAUCGCGCAACAGCCGCAUCCCGAACCAAUACGAUACAAUACCCACUUUUUGGGUCUGCCUCCUGAAAUACGCGAAAAGAUUUACGUUUUUGCGUUUAAAGGGUCUGUCUGGCGCACUGAGGAACGACGGUACAAUGUUUGCCAAGCAAUUGGUGACUUCAGCGGCUUCUUAAUCCCUUUUGGUGACGACUACACGCUCCUGCGGGUCAACAAACAGAUUCGCCAGGAAGCAUUGCCGUUAGCAUACCGCUAUACAGCAUUCCAUCUGGCCGAUAUAGAGGAUGUGACGCGACUUCUCGUCGCAGUCGGACGCGUAGGGCGGCAAAAUAUCGAGGCUUUGGAGUUCGCAUGGGAGAGUGCAGUUGAUCACGACCUCAACUGGCGCAGGCACCCAGAGUCCGAGACCAAUCACCUCAUACUGCCAUCGCGGCAUGUACCCGCGUGUGUCCAACUCCUCAAGCAGUGCGGGAGGCUGAGGUCGUUGCGCCUCAAAUUCGAAAGUUAUAUGAUGGAAGAUGUCCCUGAGGCGACAUUUCUGUCUGACCCUGGCCUUUCAUCGCUUUGUUCGAUCCAAGUCGAGCGAAUCGAAAUUAUGAAUCCCGACGACCAGCCAUUGAACGAAUAUAGCAUCGCUCAAUGGCUGAAGAGCGAAAUGACAAGGUAA